AUGGGCAAGCAGUCUGACGACCGGCCGGCCUACCUGAGCUCCGAUGAUGCGAAAUACUCGCUCGGGGUGCAUCGUGGCCCAUUGGCCUCGGCUGGCUACGACGACACCUCCAAGCUCGAGCAGGUCGAGUCCGCGGGAGGCGUCUCACUGGCCACCACCCAUCGCACGCGCAAGCAGAAGCUGGCGCGCCAUUGGAAGCGUUUCUGGUGCUGCUACUUGAUUGGCAAUGUGAUCUUCCUGGCCAUUUUCCUUCCGGUAUUCUUCCUCGUCAUCAUCCCGGCCAUCUCCCAGCUGGUCGUCAACAAGUCCAGCCUGGUUCUCGUCAACGCCGCAGUCAUGCAGCCCCGUCCCGAUUCGAUCCAGCUGACACUGGAAUCGGCAUUGGAUCUGAAGAUCGCAUUGGACGUGCGCAUUGAACCCAUCACGCUGAACCUGUUUAACCGCGACACAGGCCCCGAGCAGCCGUGGGCAAAUAUCACCAUCGAUGGCAAGACCAUCAAGGGCAACACCACCCUCGGUGUCAGCGACCAGUAUACCCCGCUGACCAACGAGACCAUCUGGACCAACUACGUGCAUGACGUUGUGUUCAACAAGGAAUCAGCCUUGUCCCUCAAGGGCUCCACCAAUUCCUACCUCGGAGUGCUCAAAUCGCAUGUGACCAUGGACAAGGACGUGUUGUCGCCAACGCUGAACUCAUUCGAUGGGUUCACCAUCUCCGACAGCACCCUGCUCUUCCCCGCCCGCGACGACGGCACUAACCUCAUCGGCAAUGCCACUCUGCCCAACCCGUCCGUGCUGACCAUCGAGAUCGGCACCAUUAUCCUGGACAUCUACAGCGGCAGCCUUCUGGUCGGCAACGCCACCCUGACAGACUUCACCCUGAAGCCGGGGAACCACUCGGCUCCGCUUACCGGAGUUUUGGACCUGGCCAAGAUCAUCAAGAACCUGGGCGCAGUGCUCAAGUCGCAGGCGACGGCCCUCAAGUCGGGCAACCUGGCCCUCGACACGGUCACGCGGUCCGUGGUCUGGAACGGCACCGAGGUCCCCUACUACACCAAGGUCAUGUCCGAGCUCACGCUCACUGCGAACGUGGGCGUGGUCUCGACCUUGAAGAACACCUUGCACAACCUGCUGCAUGGCGACGGCAGCAGCGGUGGUAACCUGUCCUCCAUCAUCUCGAGCCUGAAUCUCACGUCCGCCGUGGACUCGGUGAAGGAGAACCUGUCCUCGACUAACAGCAGCAGUAGCGAGCUAUCCUCCGCGCUGAAGCGCAACGUCCAUCUCAUGGGCGCGUUCAAGGAUGAGCACCCUGUCAAGCGGGAAGCGAUGAUCCACUCGCUGGCCGAGCUCUAUGUGAACGCAUGA